AUGUCUACCACUUGGAACCCUACUAGUAAAGAAGAGAUUGAGGCCAAGAAGGCUUUCGAAGGUCUUGGCCAAUCUUUAGACAAGGUAGUUAUCCCAUGUGCCGAAUCGGAUAACGAUAAUCGGUUCAUCCUGCACUCCAAGGGCUACUUUGAUCUCCGGGCCUAUGUCAUGAGCGGAAAAGACUUCCCUACAACCCCCGCUGACUUUGAUGCCAAAGUCUCCAUGUCCGCUUUCAAGAAACUGAACGAGUUGGAUAGCGAUAUUUACAAUAAAACCAGAGACACCAUGGUAGCUGUUGGUUCCAGCUGUCGGGACUACAGCUACGACCAUCUCAAUGAACUCGUUACUGCUGGUCACAUUGCUAUACGAUACAGUAAAUACGCUAUGGAUAUGUUGGACACAGCAGACGGAAUCAACCUACGACACAACCUUGACAUUCUCCUGGACGAGAAGUACACUUCGGCGGACAAGUUUGACGAGGUCUAUAAAGUUGCCAAAGAGGCAGCCCUGAUGACUUUGACUAUGCUCAGUGAUGAAGCGACAAAAAAGCAGAAGGAAACGGACAAGAUCUCGGAGACUCUCACUGCAUUUAAAGCAGACACCCUCAAGAACCAACCAAAUGUCAAGUUCCUGGUCAGGCAGUACUACGACGGACCAGUUGUGAACAAAUCGAAUUUCAAAACGCCUUACCUGAAAUAUCUCAAUGAGGACCUUGCCAGAAGUCUUAGAGCUUUCGAGAAAACCGUGAAACACGCUGAUGACGUACACGGUGAUUGGAAGACAAAUAAAGAUUGGGCAAUCGGCACGAGCUUCUUCGGUCUUGUCGGAUUCAUUGUCAUGACAAAAUAUGCACGAAACGCCGUCGUUUUGCGAGUCACUUAUGACAAUUUGGUAAAAGAAAUGGAAAAACUCGAGAAAGAGCAAAAAGAAGAAAGGGAACUCAUCAAAUUUGUGAACCUGUUGGUCGUUCAGUGCACCGACAUUGACCAUAAGAUGGACGAUGCUAUUACCGCCAUGACGGAACUUAGUAAACUUUUCAGUAAUCAGGCUGACUGCUAUGACGGCAUUGCCUCUUAUCUCAGCAGCAUGAAAAGUGGCGCUACGCGAGAUGUUUUGGCAAACAGGAAAGCUAGCUUUCAUCAUAAUAUCGGAGUUUGCGUCAACAAGCUCAAAGAAUUGAAAGUUGUGGCAGAGGAGUUUACGGAUACCAUUCAUAAUGAAAUCCCAGUCUAA